CACUUACAAUCUGACAACACUUCCAAUCUACUCAGAACAACCCUUCUCUCUCCAGCAGUGUCAACUCCUGCCUCUUAGGACCAUCAAGCUCUGCUAACUGGAUCUCACCCUGCCUGCAGGAUCACAUUCUAAGGCUUUCUCUCUUUCCCACCUUGCCUGGGGGGUAAAUCUCUUCUGUGGAAACUCAGAAAGUCAAACUCCAUCCUGAGAACAUUUCAUCAAGAAUUCCUUAGGAGCUGUGCUGGGGUGCUACGAUGAUACAUCAACCACUUAUGCUGCCACCUGUCAAAACUUUGGAUGACUCUACUUUCAGGUCAUGACCUUGGAUUUAAGAAACUCCUCAAGACUAUUUUGAAUAUGAUCCAAGAAAAUGUGAUUUGAGUCUGGAGACAAUUGUGCAUAUCAUCUAAUAAUAAAAAUCCAGGAUAGAGGAUUGAAGAGAAAACAAUAUUAGAAACACUACUAUAAUUAAAUAGAACAGCUGCUUCCAGCUUGAUUUAUACCAGAUCCAUAUUUCAUUUUGGCUUUAAUGAUGGAGAAAAAGAAUAUACUGCAUUUUCCGUUUCUCUUGCCUUUUUUAAUGAUUCUUGUCACUGCAGAAUUAGAAGAAAGCCCUGAUGACUUAAUUCAGCUGGGGGUUACUAGAAAUAAAAUAAUGACGGCUCAAUAUGAAUGUUACCAAAAAAUUAUGCAAGAUCCCAUUCAACAACCAGAAGGUGUCUACUGCAACCGCACCUGGGAUGGGUGGCUGUGCUGGAAUGAUGUUGCCGCAGGAACAGAGUCAAUGCAGCACUGCCCUGAUUACUUUCAGGACUUUGACCCUUCAGAGAAAGUUACAAAGAUCUGUGACCAAGAUGGAAACUGGUUUAGACAUCCAGCAAGCAACAGAACAUGGACCAAUUAUACCCGGUGUAAUGUGAACACACAUGAGAAAGUGAAGACUGCACUGAAUUUGUUUUACCUGACUAUAAUUGGACAUGGAUUAUCUAUUGCAUCACUGCUUAUCUCACUUGGCAUAUUCUUCUAUUUCAAGAGCCUAAGUUGCCAGAGGAUUACCUUGCACAAAAAUCUAUUUUUCUCUUUUGUUUGUAAUUCUGUUGUAACAAUCAUUCACCUCACUGCAGUGGCCAACAAUCAGGCUUUAGUGGCCACAAAUCCCGUUAGCUGUAAAGUGUCCCAGUUCAUUCAUCUUUACCUGAUGGGCUGUAACUACUUUUGGAUGCUCUGUGAAGGCAUUUAUCUGCACACACUCAUAGUGGUGGCUGUGUUUGCGGAGAAGCAACACUUAAUGUGGUAUUAUUUUCUUGGCUGGGGAUUCCCACUGAUUCCUGCAUGUAUACAUGCCAUUGCCAGAAGCUUAUAUUACAAUGACAAUUGCUGGAUCAGUUCUGAUACUCAUCUCCUCUACAUUAUCCAUGGCCCAAUUUGUGCUGCUUUACUGGUGAAUCUUUUUUUUCUAUUAAAUAUUGUACGUGUUCUCAUCACCAAGUUAAAAGUGACACACCAAGCUGAAUCUAAUCUCUACAUGAAAGCUGUGAGAGCUACUCUUAUUCUGGUGCCACUGCUUGGCAUUGAAUUUGUGCUGAUUCCUUGGCGACCUGAAGGGAGGAUUGCAGAGGAGGUAUAUGACUACAUCAUGCACAUCCUUAUGCACUAUCAGGGUCUUUUGGUCUCUACAAUUUUCUGUUUUUUUAAUGGAGAGGUUCAAGCAAUUUUGAGAAGAAACUGGAAUCAAUACAAAAUCCAAUUUGGAAACAGCUUUUCCCACUCAGAUGCUCUCCGCAGUGCAUCUUACACAGUGUCAACAAUCAGUGAUGUUCCAGGAUAUAGUCAUGACUGUCCUAGUGAACACUUAAAUGGAAAAAGCAUCCAUGAUAUUGAAAAUGUUGUGUUAAAACAGGAAAAGUUGUAUGACUUAGUUAUAUAAAAAUAGAGGAAUCAUUGCCUGUUUGGUGCCACUCCUAAAUCAAGGACUUGCAUCUACAACUAUACAACUAGAAGACAUGGAUGUUUAUUCAAAUUCUAGAAUGCCAUGAAGAAAUCCCUUACAGUAAAUGAGAAAUGUGUUAACAAAUGUUUAAAAACCAUCUCUGUAUGGGGAAACCAUCCUGAUUUUAAUGUUGGCCUGUAAAUAUUGUCACUGUGACUGAUAUUCAGCUACCAACCUUAAAUCAGUGAAUAUGGACUUGGAAAAAAAUAAGUACAAUCAAUUCUUAUGAGCUGGAAUGAAUUCACUUAAGAAUGACCCUAUUCUUAUUGUUUAUAGAACCCAGCUAGAUCCUAUGGACAUGAAGGGAAAAUGAGCUUUUUGUUGGUUUGUCUUUAAAAUCUUCAACUUAUUGUCAUGGAUGUAGUUUUUUUUUUUUUUUUCCCCCUCAAUUACCAUCAGAAAUGGACUAGACAGAGUGAGUGAUUUCUAUUGGCUUACUCUCUUAAGAGAAGGAAGUGAGCACAAUUGUUAUAAGCUAUUCAUUUGCUGACUCACCACAUUUUUUUUUUCCCUUUGGCAUAUUCAUUUUCAAGACUUGGUGAACAGGAUGGGUAACAUACAACCUUAUUUCUGUCUCAUUUGGGAGACAGCUUGGUUGAUACCACAAACACCUUUUCAGCUACUUCCCAUCUUACUACACAAGUGGGAAUGGGGAUCAUUUUCUCUGUAUCUGUCAACAGAAACUGGACCGCUUCCAUUUCUACUGUAUAGACAACUUAGGAAUCAUUUUAUAUGAAGGAAAUCAAUGAAGGAUUUCUUAUUUUCUCAGAAGUUUGUAAAAAAGUUUGUUGUGAAAAUGAGCUUGUGAAUAUUCCAUUACUUUAUUUUGUGGUCUCAAAUCAAAUAUAUACAAGCUAGGUGAUUUUUAAAAGCUAAUAAGUAAUGCAAUAGUGUAUGCAUGUUAAUACCUGAUACUGUGUCUGGGCUGAUUUUAUAAUAAAAUAGAGUCUGGAAUUCUAUUUUGGUAAAUAUUUUAAAGACAACCAGAUGCCAGCAUCAGAAGUUUGUUUGAGGUCUAAGAAAACAGAAACAUCCAUGAUAAGAUAUAAAAUAUUUAUUUUAAAAAUACAAUGCCCAUUAUUUUAUUGGUACAUUAGCUUUGGUGAUUUAAACCUCAAUAAUAGGUAUGCUUGACAUAGUUCUUUUUACAUUUUGAUGGUGAGCUAGUAUUUCAAUCCAGAAGUUUUAAACAACUACUGUACUAGAUGCCGACCUGCUACUCUAUGGGUUUUACCCUAUUAAAAUAUUUCUUUACUAACUUUAACUUUAUGAAGAUAUAGUCAAAUACAUAUUGGAAAUAUUCUAGCUUUUUAAAGAAAAAAGAACUUGAGGAAUAUAAUAUCAUAUACAGUGUUUUAACAUUUUAAUAGAGCUACUGUAUAUUACAAUAUAAACUUGUGAAAGCUUACAUACAUUAUUCAGAAAUAAUUGCUUUAGUCAUUUAUAAUUAAGAUGGAAGAAACCCUUGCUAAUGAAUUAAAAUGACAUUUAAAUGGGAUGCAGUUUCUCUAAUGUUAUUUGCACUGAAAUCUCUAGAGAACAAGAAUUAUUUUGACUAGCAAAAGUCAAUUUUAGGAGAUAUUAUGUGUAUGUGUUUUUGAAGUAUGUCAAUCUGCUUAAAAUGAAUUAAACUAAUAACUUAGUCCUAAGUUGUCUCCUAAGCUGUCAAUAGACAAUGAGUCAGAAGUCAUACAAAACUGCAUAGGAAAAUUAUAUAAAUUAGUAAGAAUUAACUGUGGUCACUACAUUUAUUUAUCUAUACAAUAAAGGUAUUAUUAAGUUAGCUUCAAAUUUAUGGAUUUCACAAUGAGCUGUCAUAAAAAGGAACGCCGGCUGUUCUGGACAUUUAGCUGUUUAAAUUAUACAACCAAUUCCUUUUAAUAAACUCAAUUUUUAGCUAUUUAUUAUUAUUAAAAUAUAGAUUAAAAUUCUUUGCUGACAGUGUUCAUGUAUUUCAGCAUUCUUCUAGAUGAACUGUCAAGUCUCAACCACCAAUGACAUUAGAACAUGCUGAAUUAUCAGAGAGCAUUACAUUUAAGUGACAUUGUAAUUUCCAGUAUUUUUUAUUGUGCUUUUAUUAUAUUCAGUUUAAGUCAGAUUUCUUUUUUUCACAAGGGCUCAUUUUUUGUACAUUCUUUGAGUACCAGCCACUCUGUGAUUAAUCAGUGUUAUUUUUUACCCAUAUAUUGUUAGCAGUAAUAUUUUUAAAUGUUAGAUUUCUCUAAAACUUAAGUGCUAAUUAAGAUCUUCUUUGUAUUCUCCUCAUAAAAACAAUUAAAUAUGAUACUUUUUAAGGCAACUUCUUUGGUAUAUAAAAAUUAAUUUGGAUCAUUCUAGCUUUCAAUAUGUGUAUCUGCCAUUGUCCUGCAAUUAUUGCAAUUGUUGGGGAAUUUACAUUCUAAUUUUCUAAAAACUUGGAUCUGUCACUCUUUUCUAAAGUUAUUUUCCAAUGUACUUAGUCUUCAAAUAUCCAUUUUGUAAUUUAGUGUUUGUUUAAAUAUAACCCAAUGUACAUAGAAUUAGAGGUAGUUGUAGUGCUGUAUUUAUUGCUUAUAAUUUUAAAUAUGAAUUUAUUUUAAUUUUCUUUUGGUUUUAAUCUGCUAAUAGAAACCCAUUUUAUCUGUACAACAUAUUCAAGAUAUUGAUCAAUUAAAAUAACUCAUACCUAUGUAAUGUAUAUCUCUAUUUCUUGACUUUAUACAAAUAUUAAAAUUUUGAGUUCUCAC